GCAAAAUAAAAUAAAAAUAUAUCGUCUUUGUUUUAGCAAAACAAGUAAAAUAAUAAAAAAUGUCUGCAAUCACAAAAUUAGAUGAAACAUUUUUAUUAGAAGAAAUCGAACAACCAGCUAUGAAGCUGGACUCUUCCCAACUUGCUCGUGAAGUCAAAAAAUAUCCAAUUCUUUACGACAACAAUUUGCGUCGUGAACAAACCGCUAUUUUCAAUGCAUGGGAAAGUGUUUGUUCCGAAAUGGUACCAAGUUAUUAUAAUAUGACAGAGAAUGACAAACUUGCUACAAGAAAACGCUUAAAAGAUCGCUGGGGCUAUAUGCGAUCUACAUUUCGAAGAGAUAUUUACACUAACAACAUUGAUUGCCACAAAGGACUUGAUUGGAUACAGGAGAUACAAUUUUUGGUUCCAAUAUUAACAAGACCUAUUGAAAGAUCAAUCUGUACAAGAAGUCGUGCUUUGUCCAAAAACACACCAAUUACAAAAAUUGCAACAACUUUAAAUAUUUCAUUCAAAUCAGAUACUUCUUCAAUUUAUAUUUUCAACAAAGUAGAAGAAGAAGAUCACACUUUAAGUAAAUCACAAACAGCAUCAAGUUUUAUAAACAAACCAUCUGUAACUGAAUCUGAUCUAAUUAACAAUCCAUCAUCAGUUGAAACUGAUUUGAUCAGCAACCCAUCAUCUUUUACAAAUGAAACUGAUAUUUUAAACGACUCAGAAUUGUUUGCAAAUGAAACAUUCAGCUCGAUUCCAGAUAAUAUUUUCUCUUCUGACUCAAGUAUCUCUGAUAAGUCAACUUUGGAUACAUCAUCAAUUUCAACAGACAUUUCCGAUGACGAUAAAUCUCAUAACGAUUUAAUGGUUGAAACUUUCAUGUCUACAUUCAGUUUGGACUCAAAUUUAACCCCACCCGCUGAUCCAGAUCAAAUGUUUUUGUUGACUUUGUUGCAAAACUAUCGUCUUGUUCGGGAGGAGAACAAAGAAUUAUUGCAACAUAAGUUUUAUACCUUUUUAAGGGAUUAAAAUGAUCAAAAUUUGAAAUGCACUUAAA